CAUACUAUCAACGACAAUCUCGCGAGACUUGAAGAGCAACGAGAACAAGACGACGACGCUAAUGGCUUGUUAGCAUUGUGUAUUUGUUUUUGCCGCUUUCUUAUAUCGCCAAAUGGAGGGAAGGACACUCGAAUCCCAUUGCGGAGUCAGUCCGGUCUGAGACUGUGCACUUCCAGCAUCAGCCUGUGCAUUCAUCCUCCUGAGAAGAUGUAGCCAGGAAAGGAUGAAGCGGCUCAUUCCUGUGAUUCUGCAUCAUUCCUGACCUGUCACUCCAACUGGCGUGUGGUGUGGCAUCCCCCAACUCGGUAGUCCACCCGUUGAUUGAACAUCCACCCCUACCUCCGCCAUGCUGUUCUCCCUGCGGGAACUUGUCCAGUGGCUGGGCUUCGCCACCUUCGAACUCUUCCUGCACCUCCUGGCGCUGCUGGUCUUCAGCAUGCUGGUCGCCCUGCGAGCCGACAUGUUCACGCCCACCUUGAGCUGGUGGCUGGUGUUCGUGCCCCUCUUUGCCGCCGACGGGCUCAGCACCUACUUCACCGCCAUCGUGUCCACCCGGCUCUACCAGGAGAACGAGAAGCGUCUGGCCGUCCUGCGGCUCCUCUGGGUGUUGACGGUGCUCAGCCUGAAGCUGGUGUGUGAAGUUCUGCUCUGCCAGAAGUUGGCGGAACAAGAGCAAGCCAGGGACCUGUGGUUCGGCCUCAUUGUCUCGCCGCUCUUCAUCCUUCUGCAACUGCUGAUGAUACGAGCGUGCCGGGUCAACUGAGGAGGUGAUUGUAUGUCCCCCCCACACCCCGCCAGCCGUUCGAGAUUUAGAGUUUAAUUGGUUUCAUUCUGCUUGUCUAAUGUGCACGUGCUCACAUUAUACCCUUCCAUGGAUUUCCACAUCAUUUUAACAUUAGCCCCCGUGUUUUGGAAUCACACCUAUUGAACACAUUCAGUCUGUAAGAACGAUAUUAAAUAUGUAUUUUACUGGUUUAAUCCAUACGUGCGCACGUGUGUCUGACAAUAUUCUCAUUCCACCGUCUUUUGGAUAAUAGUGCAUUUCUAACCUUUCUCUACUUUUAAUAACUCCAGCCCGGUGGAAGUAGAUUAAAAAAACUGGCCCGUUAUUUGGCGGAGUUUUGACCAAUUUCUAUUGAGAAAUGUCAGUGUAAGAAGAGCCAUAGAUUGUCAGCAAUAAAGUGUGUGUGUGUGUGUGUGUGUGAAUGUGGGCCACAGCAGUGCCUCUUUAAUCAGUUGUGGACAAUGAGCCCUGAGGAAGAUUACUACCGCAGUUACGUUGCAAAAAUGCACUUAGGACAAGUUGUGCUGUUUAAAUGACUGAAGUACCGUAUUUUUCGGACUAUAAGUCGCUCCGGAGUAUAAGUCGCACCGGCCGAAAAUGCAUAAUAAAGAAGGAAAAAAACAUAUACAAGUC